AGUGGAGCUGUGCACAGAACUCAGUUGCCUCAGGCAGCCAUGUGAUUCUGACCAUGGACGAUGUUCUCUCACUUCUGAAGAGCUGCACUGAGCCCUGGCUGAGCUUUGGCUCAGAGUACUUAGGUGCUGUCCCCAGCUUCAUCCUGCUCAAUGUGGUGGGGCUGCUGCUGCUCUACCUUUGUUACCUGCUGUUACCAACCAAGCAUCGGAGCAGAGCCAAGAGGAGGAGGAAAGGCGGAACACACAGAGGUUGUAGAUCUCACAGAAGAGAGGCAGAGAAGAAGAAGCUACUUAACAUUCUAAAAAGACCCCUGGGCCACCACCAUGACAGCACACACUUUCGUCACAUGUUGUGUCCAGACCCCUCCUGUGAGGUGUGUAAUAGAACAACAGCAGAGAUCCAGCAGCUGCUGUCCCAGGAAUCCCUGCAAGAUGCUGCUCUCUCUGAGUAUUUUUCAUCCUCCACUGAUUCUAUGAUUGAGACCUCAGUAUGUCUCACCUCUGACCUCUCCACAAUUCCUCCAGGAGAUGCAACAGCAUUCCCUCUGGCUGAGCGCUCUCCACCACCCUGCUCAACUGUCUCAACUAACCUGGAUACCUCCUGUGAGGACUUCAUCUCCCCCUCCAAUCUGGGUGAUUCUCUGCCCCCAGAGCUUCCUCCUUGCCUGGAUUUCUCAUUCCCAGGGGACCAUUUGCCAUCACAACCACUGGCCCUCCCCAUUCCUCCACCUCCUUCCAGCCAGGAGACAGAUCCUGUGUUCCAAGCAGAUAUCACUGUGACUCUGGGAGACAGCCUUGGUCUAGUGUCCACGCAUGAACCAAAAACCAAAGACGCUUCCUCUACUAACCUGGCAGCAUUGGAAAUCUGGAAUCAGACACGUGCCAAGAGCUUGUCCACCUCAAACCUGGCGCAAGGUGAUGCCAAGAAGAAUAUUCUUGGUCUCUGCCCAUCCAAGAUAUCCAGUGGAGUUGCCUCUGCCCCCAACCUUGUAGGCGCUCAUAACUUAUUAUAUGUCAGUCCAGAUGCUCUUGUACUGCUAGAGAGACAAGUCAGAAAGAGGGGUGAUUUCCUGACACACAAGGAAAGGGUAAAGGAAACAGAGUAUUUUCUAAACCCACCGAGGCCAGAUCUCCCACUUCAAUCUCCAGGGAAAAUGUUAGAGUCCAUUCAUGAUAAUAAGUAUGAUUCAGCAGUCUCCCUUCCUUUCUGGCGUAGCAAAGACAAACCAUUUAGGCUGCACAAGCAUCAGCAACCCACAUGUCCUGCAACAUCUGCGGGCCAUUUACGAAAGAAAUAUUUCCAGCUUCCUUGGGGUGGCCCAGUUCGGCACCAUGAUUUCUUGUACCCUGCUGGGGUCUAUUCAUCAACGCUUGUUGUCUUCAGUAGUAUGUAUGAUACCUCCACAUCCCAGGAAUCUGCAACAGUUUCCCAUCCACAGACUGAAGAAUUCCCAGCACACUCUGAUGUCCAGGCCCAUGAAUCCCCAGAACUCUUUGAUGAUCAGACUCAAGAGUACCUAGAACUUCCUGCUCCUCAAACUCAGGUGUCCCCAGCACUUUCUGCUCCCCAAACUCAGGAAUCUCCAGCACUCGCUGAUGUCCAGGCCCAGGAAACUCCAGCACUCGCUGAUGUCCAGGCCCAGGAAUCUCCAGCACUCGCUGAUGUCCAGACCCAGGAAUCUCCAGCACUUGUUUCCCAAGCUCAAGAAUCUCAAACAUUUCUUGUUACCCAAACUCAGGGGUCCCUAGCAUUUUCUGAUUCCAAACCUCUGUUGGAAUCUGAGAUUCAGAGUCAAUCCUUGCCUCAAGACAUGCCCCAAUUGCAGUCCCAACUUUUCACACAGAACCAACCUCAGUACUCUGUCUCAAUCUUGCCACCUUAUCUUUUCCCCCAAAUCAACACCACCAAUGAAUUUUUGAAUGAGGCAGAGUCUCUCAUACCAUCUGAGAUGGAACACUUGGAACAUCAUAUGUUGAAGAAAAAGCAGGAAAAUUUGUGGGGUAUACCCACUGUGGUCCAUAAGUCUCAGAAAGACUUUUGCCCUCCAGCUCCCAACUUUCCCUUGGAAAGCCAAUCAUGCAAGGCCCACAUUCCUGUCUCCAUCCUGCCUGGAGAUUUUGCCCUGAGCAGUGAGCUUCGGGAGAAACUAGAGCACCACCUGCUAAAGAGGCUCAUCCAACACCAAUGGGACCUACCCUGUAAGGUCCUUGAGUCUCUGUUUCUGAUUAACCCUCAGACAGACAGUCUUGACAGCCCUCGGUCAAGGAGCAAUCAGGGACCCUCAGAGAAUUCUCUGUUUAAAGGUCAGAAAAACAAGGAUUCAGUGGAUUUGAGACUGAACCCACCUGGAAGCUUCUAUAAGAAGAACUUUGGAAUGUUUCCUCUAGAAAAAUAUAUGGGCAAGUCCCAGGGGCCUAUGCUGGAGUGUGGUUCACGUGAUUAUCAGAAAAGUGACUCAGAGAAGUCCUCAGAUAUGGGUAUACAGUCUGACUCUGAGGAAGAUCUAGAAUGCCAAGGGUUGCAUUUAUCAGGAAAUAAUUCAAGGGCCUCAUGGAUGAGUCUAAGUGAGAAACAACUUGCAAAUGGCCCAACACCUGCCCGUAUGGGCAAGAAAGUAAAGGAAAUCAAAGAGUGUCCGAUCCAUAAGACUGUGCAUGGUUUUCAUCAUUCUGCCAGGAAGACAUCGCCUCUUCAUGAAAAAUCCCAUAGCAGAGUGAAACAAAAAGAAUUGGCUCCAUUGAAAACCCUGUUUCAGAGGUGA